AUGGUAAACAGUUCGAGUCAGCCACCGUCAAGACAUCUUGGUAUUGUAGCUGCUUCAAAAUUGUGAGCUUCGAAAUAAAAAAAAGUUAAAGUGCAUGGGAACGAGUAUUUUUUUUAGAGACACUGUGACAAAAGAAGGCGGAAAACACUGGACUCGAGUAGCCGAAUAUUUAGCACCCCAAAAUCGUCCAUACGACGCCAGGCUAGCGCGAAAAAUGAAAAAUAAUCGAAUACCCAUUUCAGACCUGGCGACUUACGAAUAGAGCUGAAAAAUGGCUUCGAAAUCGUUCAUUCUGUCAUUUUGAGCGCAUAUUCUUCGAAAAUAUUACAGGUUUCUCGCUGAGAUUUUGACGAAGCUCGAAAAUUUUAGCACAAAAAAACGUACAAAACACCGUAUCCUUCUCUUAAAUUACGACAAUUCCAUCCAAAAUCUGUUCGUACGGUCAUCGAGUGGAUUUAUUUCGGAAAGGUAGAGGCUGAUCGAAAUUUACUAGUACUCUUCUAAAUUUCAGGCAGAAUUUUCAAUUGAUUAUCUUCACGAAUUCCUCAAGAUCUCUCAUUUUUUAGAAGUUUGUUCAGAAUUAAAACAAAGAAGAAAAAAUAGAGGUUUUGAGGUGCCAUUUCUUCAAGCUCAACUGGAGGCGGAGGUCGAAAAAUUAGCAAAUCAUGGCGAACAACAGUUUGCGCUCAACAUUCUUGGGAGAAAUUUGAGAAAGGUUAUUUGAAAAAAAUGAAUGCAAAGUUUGAUUUAAUAAAAAUAAAUAGAUGAGAAAUUAUAAGUUUUAAAAAAAUAUUAAAAAAAUGGCAAUAAAACUUCAUUUGUUAGGAUUUUUCGAAGGAAAUUCAGCUAAAGAUUUUGGAUAGGUUUGUACGAACUUUACGCUUUCGAGAUGGCAUUUUUGAAGUCUAAAAAGAUUGAUUCGAGGUCGAAUUGUGCUAAAAACGGUAUUUAAACAAAUCUUGAAAAUUAACAUCUGCGCAGGUAGCGACUAUCAGAAACGUCAUCAAUACCUUUAGUUUCUAAGUUUCUUUCUAUGUUCUCGGAAUAUUCAAACAUCACAGGUUACAGUUCUGAGCAGUAUACUGUUAACCCUGAAAAGCGAAAAGAUGAUGAUAUUAAAACCAUAAAAGAAGCUUUUUCUUCUUUAGAGCAAAGUUUGCGUGACGGAGCUAAUCCUACCAAGUGUUUCACGUGAGACUUUGAUAUCAGUUGUCGGAAAAUUCCACGGAUCCCACGAAGAAAUUUCCCUGGAAGGUCUUCUUUCGCUUUCCUCACCGGCUAUCUGCCUGCUGGUUUGUGUGGAACUCCCGACGGCUUCCAAAGUCGACCUUAUUAAUUUGGCCUUGAGAUGGUUAUAAAAAAACAAUGUAUUAGGUUUGAAAAUUUCCCUUUUAGGUUGAUUGAAGUUGAUGCGUGUCCGAAAAUGAUAUUAAAAGUUGUUCGGCAUAUAACUAUCGGAACUAUGCGACUCGACGCCCUCGAAGCUUUCAGAUCGAGUCUUUUUCAGGUAAAACAAGUCUAGUGACAAUAAUGAAAAUAUUUCUUGGAAAAAUCUGGUAUGAUCGUGUCGAAAUUUAAUGGAAAGGUGAAAGAAAAAGAAUCUUUUCAAAAAAGAGGAUUUCAGAACUCGAAGAGGAAAUUUAUAAGCUUUAACGUCAAGUUAUUAUUGAGCCUCUUUCAAAGUUGAAAAGUGAAGACAAGCCCCAGUGUAGAUCCAGGAAAAUGACGGAAAAAUACUUGAAAUAGUUCAUAAACUUACUUUCUGAACAUUAUGAGCUUCCGAAUUAUUUUAUCCCUUCGACAUGCCAAAAACUUUUCUUUUUCCCCCAAUAUUUUUGGUGAUUAAAUAAUUUAGAUUCUGACGAACCACAGCACGAGUCAGAAAAUUUCUGUUGAAAUGAAUGAAAAUGAGGAAGUUUUUCUGAUGACUCGCGAUGAGAUUCAAGUUGAUGCCCCCCUAUUUUCUGUUCAAAUGGAGUUUGUUUCUGAAAAUUAAUUCGCAUGCUUUUUUUUUACUUUUGAAGAGUACUGGAUGAAGACGAGUCUACAGAGUCGGGCAGCAACGAAAAUCUUCAUGGUCCGAAGAAAAAGAAGUUUAUCAUCGUCAUUUGAUUUGAAAAAUUCUUUCAAACCGUUGCACUUUACAGAAGCAAGAAUUCAAAGUCUUGCUCGUUUCUUACGUCUCCCCUGAACACUGCUGUCAAUGAGUCAACUUCAAACCCUUCAAAAACGUCUUCAAAAACGACAGAAGCCUAUUUUACAGCAUUGGAAAGGCUUGGCUCUGUGACUUUCAAGGACAAGAAAAACGCUUUCUCCAAAGAACCGUGCGUAAAAAAGUCUUAAACUUUUGAAAUUGAAACUUUUCAGGGAAGAUUUCCCGCAAAGCCAAGUUGACUGUAUCAAAGCUUUGCCUAACGCUUUCGAGUAGGAUAUUUGAUAUUGCGACUUGAUUUUAUGAGCUUUUCAGGGCAAACGAAGAAGAAAAAGUCGUUGUUCUUGAGCCCAGACCUCAAUUCGUAGAAGAAUCAGUGGAAAAGGUGAAUGGAGAUCGAGUUUCGAAUGAGCCGCCCGUGGGACAAUCAUCAGAUCCGGAACGUUUCAAGCGGUUUCGAUGGCAUUAAAGACGAUUUUGACAACUUAUUCAGGAUUUAUAACACGCCAUCUGACGCGACCUACACAAGGAGCCAUCCGAGUUUCUCAGUUUCUCCUAAUAGGUUUCAGAUUUGGUCUAUUCACAAAAGCGUGGUAUGAAUAAAAAAUAUAGUCUGAAUCAAGAACGAUAAAAAGCUCCUCGCGUAUUUUUUUGACGCCAGAAGAGUGCAAAAUACACGUUUUGAGAAUUUUCUGUAACUUAUCUGACAUUACCUCUUUGAAAAUAUUUUUUUUUAACACCUAAGUACUUUUUACAAUUUUUGCCUAUUUCCCAGUUCCAACAGAAAGACAGGUCGUGAAGAUUCUGUUUUCUUUUUCGCGUUUUUUCGAAGUUUUAAGAAUUUCGAAGGUUCUGAAGUUAAUUUUAACUUUGUAGGAGGUGUGAAAGGCCGGAGGUCAUGUUUUCACCGAUACAACCGAUGCCAGGUGAGCCUAAAAAAUUAGGAAAAAAAAACUAGUCAGUGAAUUGAAGUCUAAAGAUAAUUUGAGAAUACCUCAUAGGAUUUUGUAUUUACACAGUCGUAGUUUUAAAAAAAAAAACUUCUAAAUAUUCAAAGAAAAAAAAAGGUUGUUAUAUAUUCAUCUUUUAUUUAAAAUAGCUGCUCAUUUUUGUCUCGAUUUGUUUGACGGUUUUUCAACGAUUCAGUUUUUCCAUUCAAAGCAUGAAGGUGUAGAUUGACUUAACCAUUCAAAAUGAAUACGGAAUUUUUUAUCCUAUUAAAGUUUCAGACAAUGCCGAUUUCGUGGUCACUCGGGUGGAUAACAAGGAAAUGUUGGAUUUCUCAUUUUUACGCCUAAUUAAAUUUUUCCAAAUUUAGGCAACGAUCCGAUUCUCCUCUUUUUCUAUACACUUUCGGCGCCUUGAAAAAAACUACGUCUGAAGUAUAA